AUGGGAUGUAUAAAAUCAAAAAGGAAAGACAAUCUGAAUGACGAUGGAAUAGAUUUGAAGACUCAACCAGUACGUAAUACUGACCGAACUAUUUAUGUGAGAGAUCCAACGUCCAAUAAACAGCAAAGGCCAGUUCCAGAAUCUCAGCUUUUACCAGGACAGAGAUUUCAAAGUAAAGAUCCGGAGGAGCAAGGAGACAUUGUGGUAGCCUUGUACCCCUAUGAUGCCAUCCACACAGAUGACCUGUCUUUCAAGAAAGGAGAGAAGAUGAAAAUCCUAGAGGAGCAUGGAGAAUGGUGGAAAGCUAAGUCCCUUUCAACAAGGAGAGAAGGUUUCAUCCCCAGCAACUACGUGGCCAAAGUCAACACCUUAGAAACGGAAGAGUGGUUCUUCAAGGAUAUAACAAGGAAAGACGCAGAAAGGCAACUGCUGGCACCGGGGAAUAGUGCUGGAGCUUUUCUUAUCAGAGAAAGUGAGACUUUAAAAGGAAGCUUCUCUCUGUCUGUCAGAGAUUAUGACCCUGUGCAUGGUGAUAUUAUUAAGCACUACAAAAUCAGAAGUCUGGACAAUGGGGGUUAUUACAUCUCUCCACGAAUCACUUUUCCCUCUAUCAGCGACAUGAUUAAGCAUUACCAAAAGCAGUCAGAUGGCCUGUGCAGAAGACUGGAGAGGGCAUGCAUUAGUCCCAAACCACAAAAGCCGUGGGAUAAAGAUGCCUGGGAGAUCCCCCGGGAGUCCAUUAAGUUGAUGAAAAGGCUCGGCGCUGGGCAGUUUGGGGAAGUCUGGAUGGGUUACUACAACAACAGUACCAAGGUGGCUGUGAAAACCCUGAAACCAGGCACCAUGUCUGUGCAAGCUUUCCUGGAGGAAGCCAACCUCAUGAAGACCCUGCAGCACGACAAGCUCGUGAGACUGUAUGCCGUGGUCACAAAGGAGGAGCCCAUUUACAUCAUCACGGAGUACAUGGCCAAGGGCAGUUUGCUGGAUUUCCUGAAGAGUGAUGAAGGUGGCAAAGUGCUGCUUCCAAAGCUCAUUGACUUUUCUGCUCAGGGGUUCUUUCCUAGCAGUGGCCCCUGGGUGGAACUGGUGGAACAUCGAGGCCAAGUGCACGGGCUGUACAUGUCAGUGGAAGAGUCAGGGAUCAGCAAGUUUGAUUCUCAGUGUCCUCUGGUCACCGCUCUGUCCCCCAAAGCCGAGAAGCACGAUGGUCUGGGAGACCGACACCUGAAGGAGUUCACCCCAAGUUUAAAGAUAAUUAAACCUCAACCAAGUGGCUUCCUGGUGGUGCCCACAAAGCAGGUGUGA